GGGAGCCUCAUAAUCUGAGCUGUCAGGUGCAUUUUGGGUUCCAGAGGACCUUUGACCCAGUGGUGGAUCAGUUCCCAUAGCAACCAUGAAGGCGUGAUGAAACUGAUGGAGAUGGAAGCACAGCAGGUGAGGGAAAGGAGUAUUGCAGAGUUUGAGUUCACGGUCACCAGGACAGCUCAAAUCCCAGAGGUGACCCAGCUACACCUGGACUCCACCUUCACCUGUCUGGCCCAGAACUCUGUAGGCAACAGCAGCGCCACCAUCAGGCUGACAAGGAAAGCUGCAGUUUCCCGUGUGCUGGUGAUAGUGUGUCCGGUGGUGUCUCUGCUGUUUGUAGCUGGGAUGGGCAUAACAGUGCACGUCUACUGGCUAGAGAUCUCUAUUCUCUACAGAAUCUACCUCCCAUACAAACAGACCACCACAGCGGUGGCUGAGGCGGUGCUGGGGUGUAUAGAGCAGAGCCGGAGACUGAUCCUGGUGCCCAGCAGUCUGGGGCUGAACCCAGGGCAGGACAGCCAGUAUAGUCUGCUCACUGGGCUCCAUGCUGCACUGGUGGAACGGCAGACCUGGCUAAUCCUCAUCCAGACAGAGUCAGCCCCAGACAGCCAGGUGGAUCUGAAGCUGGACUCCCUCCCUGAGGCCCUGCGGCUGCUGGCCCAGUCAGGACACACCGUCACCUGGAGGCGCUCCCACUCCAAACCCCUGUCCUCAGCCUUCUGGAAGGAGCUGCGUUACCGUAUGCCUGCCACGACCAGACGGCGCCCCCCAAAGGACGAGACGACCAUUCUGUGAUUAUAUAGGCUCCAGGGCAGGGUUUGGGUUCAGUCAAUUCACAAAGUAAACUCAAAUUCAAAUGAUAUAAUGGCAUCUAUUUUCAAUUAUCUUCACCCCCAACCAACUGCUCCGGGGUGAAGAGGAGUGAAAUAAAUGCAUCUAAUGUGAUUAAUCAUUUUUACCUGUAAGAGUGAAAUAACUUUCCUUCCAAUGUUUAAAAAUAAAUAAGUUAAAAAGCAGCUUUCUGUGUUGGAAUGGUGUGGGCUUACCCCAGCAUCAGAAUGGUGUGGGCUUACCCCAGCAUCAGAAUGGUGUGGGCUU